CCACACAGGAGCCAAAAACCUCUGCAAUGCCUGAUAAAUACGAACAGGCGAAAGAUCUCUUCAAAUGGAUCGAAAGGUUUUAUUUUAUAACGGGAACGUGGCCGUUCCGAUCGAUGAACGUCAGAUUCACCGUAUGGGCCAUAUAUCUGUUGAUUCAUGUAACUGGUUCAAUUAUCGAUUUAUACUAUGUAUCGAGUGAUUUUCGACUGACAGUUCAAAACCUUACGGAAACCGGAAUUAUGGUAACAAUGUAUAUGAAGAUGGUUUUGGCGAAAUAUUCGAGAGAACUGGGAACGGUUAUAAAACUGACGAUCAGUUUUAUUGAUGGGAAGCACUUCAGAAACGAAAAAGAAUGGGAGCUUUAUGUGAACUACAAUCGGAUGGCCAAAAAUUAUUUCAAAAUUGUGAUCCCAUUUACAAUGGUGACUGCAUUGUUAUUUUGGUUGAAGCCAAUACAACUGCGUCUUAUUGCCGGUCUACAAAACGAGACCAAACCAUAUCUUAUGGCUUAUCGGGUCUACUAUUUCUUCGAAAUCAACGAUGAUAGAACUUUUUAUCUCAUGUGGUUUUAUCAAUGUUUUGUGGUGUGCUUGCCUCCGUGGUAUUUAUCAUCCAUCGGGUUGCUUGUGACUUUGGUACUCCACAUAAGCGGACAGCUCUCCGUUCUCUCAUUGAGAGUAAGAAAUUUCACAGGCAAAGAUUUUGAAAAUGAACAAACUGCUAAAAUGAUUUUUCAAGAUAUAUUACGGACACACCUGGAUAUUAUCAAAUUAGCGAAAACUGUCAACGGUGUAUUUGGAGCAGCUCUAUUACAAGAACUUAUGGUGACCACCGUCCUUAUUGGCCUCUCAAUUCAUGCAACAUUAACGGGCAUCGACGUCACAAAUAAUAACGAGAUUUUCAAAUGGCUUUCAUUUGUCAUGACAAUGCUCAUGAUGAUAUAUAGCUGUUGUUUUGCUGGUCAACAUUUGGUUACCGAAAGUGCCAAUCUUUGCGACGCGUACUAUGAAUGCUUGUGGUACGAUAUGCCAACCUCCUGCAAAAAACAGUUGAUAAUUUGCAUGCUUGGGGCAAGCAGGCCGAUUCAGUUGUCAGCUGUUGGCUUCUACGACUACUCUUUAUUUCUCUUCGUAAGUAUUGUUAAAACAGCAGCAGGCUACGUAUCCUUGCUACGAACGAUGACAAGUGAACAGGCAUGAUAACUUGGUGACCGUGGCGAGCGCUGAAAGAAAAUAUCUUCUUAUGUAGUUUGGAAAACACUCGAG